AGUAUACGAUGAUUUGAGGGUGUGAGCUGAAAAAUCUCCACAUCACCAGAUUACGGCCGGCGGCGGCCCGCUCUGUUCCAUCGCCCCCAAGCGGCGGGCCUUGGCUGCGCCGCCUAAAUCCACCGGCGAGAGUAAAGGGCGCCCCUCUCUCACACGAUGGCCUCGAGCUCCGCAAGCGGCGCCGGGGUGGAGGGCGGGGUCGGGGAGGGGCCGACGACGCUGGACGAGCUGUACCAGAUCAACGUAGUGCCGGCCGAGCUCCACUUCAAGUUCCGCAAGGAGCUGCAGGGCCUCCGCGUCGGCCUCAACCUCGAGUUCUACAAUCUUGAGGUCAAUGACUUUGAGGCAAAGAUAGUACUGAAGCCUCUAGAUUACGAGCGGAAAUGGAAGUUCCAGUACAAGCCCAUCAGUGGCGACAUACAGCUGCUUUCCAAGAAGAUACCAGUCACAAAGUUUCUAAAUCUACAGGUUGGCAUUGGCCACAAUUUUCAACUGAAUGCAACUGGAUGGAAGUGGAAGCUUUCUACUUGCCUGGGGGGAGAUGGUGUGUCUCAGAUAAGAAACAAGUCAAAACUCAGCUUGUUCCCAGGGUUUGAUUUGAGGAUUGGAUGGAAAGCAGAGUAUGUGCUUCCUGAGAUUCAUGGGGCUGUUGGCACAGGAGAACCAGCCUUCAGUAUGAACUAUGGAAGGUUGCAUGCAUCGAUAGAUCGGGUCGAGGCUAUCGUUACUCAGUCAGAUCAGUAUUGAUCUUCCAGUGCGGAAAGGCAAGGGAGUUUCUUGAUCAAUAACAAACACGUUGAGUAGAUCCCAGGGUUACAAGAAGCAUUCUGAAGCUCCGUGCCUGAUGUACAGCAAAUACCAAAGUUUAGGACCACGCUUUGAGAAGCUGUUUGAGUUCUCCAAAGCUUUUGACUUUGAGCGGCUUCUGUUGCUUCUGAAAGCGUAACUAUAAAUAAUGUUUAUCCUGCUUGUGUACGAAACACCAGAGUAUCAGUAAUUCAGUAUAGUGAGCGACGUCAAAGCAUGA